GAAGAAGCCAGCCAUUAUUUCUUCCUGCCUUCGGUCCGUCAGGCAGUCGGUUGGGAUCCACUACUACUUUCGAUUUAUUCGGCAAUACAGUGGAUACAAUUUGUCAUGGCUACUCUGAGUGUUAUAGGUUCAAGUUCACUUAUUGCCUAUGCUGUAUUCCAGAAUAUAGAGAAAUCUCAAGAGAUAAGGCCACUAUUUUAUCUGAGCUUCUCUGACCUCCUCCUGGGGAUAUGCUGGCUCAUUGAAGCACUUCUCUAUGGAACUUCAGUAGCCAAUAAGGACAUCGUCUGCUAUAACCUGCAAGCAGUUGGACGGAUAUGCUACAUUUCCUCAUUUUUCUACACCGUCAAUUACAUCUGGUAUCUGUACAAAGAGCUAAGGAUGAAACACACCCAGAGUGGACAGAGCACAUUUUCCCUGGUUAUAGAUAAUACUUGUAGAGUUGGUCAGAUAGCCAUCAUCUUGUCAAGUCUAAUACCUCUACUAUUGAUGAUACCUGUAUUCUGUCUGGGCAAUGCCAGUGAAUGUUUCCGCAACUUUAGCCAGAGCCAUAGGUGUAUCCUGAUGCACUCACCACCAUCAGCCAUGGCUGAACUCCUGCCUUCUGCCAACACAUCAGUCUGUAGCGCACUUUAUUUUUAUGAGCUCACCAUUUUCCUGGCCAGCUUUCUACUCAGCCUCUUCACCAUUGUGGCCUUACUCAUCCAAGCCCAGACAGUGUAUAAGAAGUUUGUGAAAUCGACUGGUUUUCUGGGAAGUGAACAGUGGGCAAUGAUUCACAUCAUGGAGCAGCGAGUGCGCUUCUACCCAGUGGCCUUCUUUUGCUGCUGGGGCCCAGCUGUCAUUUUGAUGAUCAUAAAGCUGAUAAAGCCACAGGACACCAAGCUUCACAUAGCCCUCUAUGUUCUUCAGGCUCUAACAGCAUCAUCCCAGGGUCUGUUCAACUGUGGAGUAUAUGGAUGGACACAGCACAAGUUUUUUCAACUAAAGCAAGAGACUCGACGUGAUGCAGACACCCAGACACCAUUAUUAUGUUCACAGAAAAGAUUCUAUAGCAGAGGCCCAGAUCCAUUGGAAUCUACCCUUGCUUUUGCUACCAGCACCUCUACCACUCUUUGAAACUGGAAUACUGGAAUACAGGAAUUGGAGUUAUUCCACACUAACAGAUUGGGAAGAGUGUUGGGGAACAUUAAGUCUUUUCUAACCAUACCUUAAAUUAUGAAAGUGAAAGGGAAUAUAGUGCCAUUGUUAGUAGCCAUUCUAGGUAAAUUGGGCAACAUCUUUUCAUUAUACUCAGAUUCAGUAGUGAUCC